AUGUUUCCGAGAUUCGGAGCGUGUAAGCUGUUAACAUACUUAUGUUAUGUACUUACAUGCAUUUCACUGUACCUUUUGAUUAUAAUCGCCAUACAACGUUAUUUGAAAAUAUGUCGACCCUUUGGUCGACAAAUGAAUUUGGUAUGGAAGCGUCGUUCUGUAUUUAUUUGCGCAUUGACGACAGCUAUACUGUUCAUUCCAGUGUUGUUUUACUGUGGACUGGUAGAAAUAAGAAAUCCGAAUCUUGGUAAUGUUACAGGUUAUCAGUGCAAUAAACUUCCUGGUUCCACGAUAAGUCUUACAUUGUUGAGGAUUCAUCAAGGAUUCGGGGUUGUCGGAUCAAUUGGCAAUGUCAUUACAGUACCAGUACUAUACAUGUUGGUAACGAAAGCAAUAAUAAGACAAACAAGUAAAAUGAAAAAAGUCGAAACGAAAGUUGAAAAUCUAAGUGUUACAACAUCAUGCACACUCGAAAUGAAAACCAGUACGGAAACCACUACUCGAUCUACUGAAGCACAGAACAUUCAUCCCACUAAACCAGCUCCACGUAAAUUUGCUUAUAGGAUAUCCUUCAUGUUCAUGACUAUUUCUAUUGUCGGGUUACUUGCGUACUUGCCAUCUUGGAUAUUUAUAUUGAUAGAAACGAACAAUCCAGAGUUUUGGAAAAAUCUCCCUUAUGUUUCUUUCCAUAUCUGUCUAGCGUUACGGAGAAUGUAUAUGGUAAAUCAUUUGUGCAAUCCUUAUAUAUAUGGGGUGUUCGACAAGGCUUUCCGGGACGAGGUGAUGAAACUGUUUGGCAAAAAGGUAUAA